GCCGUGCCCGGGCUGGUUCUGCUGGUUGGACCAGCCCUGCCCUGCCCUGCCCUGCCCGGCUCUGCUGGGCUCUGCCCUCCCUUGGAUCUCCUCUGGCUGCUGGGAAUGGUGUUGGGAAUGUCAGGGCUGUCCAGGCUCUCAGGAGCUGGAGGCUGAAUCCCCUCAUGGCCCUUUUACUAAAUGGUGCCCCUUGAUUGCUGCUUAGCAUUGGGAAUUUCGUUGGGAAUUUCAUUGGGAAUGUCAGGGCUCUCUCCAGGCUCUCAGGAGCUCAAAGAUCAGCCCUGGCAUCGCCUCUUCACUAAAUGGUGCCCUUUGAUUGCUGGUUGGCAUUGGGAAUUUAAUUGGGAAUUUAAUUGGGAAUACCAGGGCUCUCUCCAGGCUCAGCCCUGGCACGGCCUCUUCCCUAAACAGUCCCUAAACAGUCCCUAAACAGUGCCCUUUGAUUGCUGGUGGCAUUGGGAAUUUUGUUGGGAAUUUUGUUGGGAAUUUCACUGGGAAUGUCAGGGCUCAGCUCUGGCUCAGGAGCUGGAAGCUGAAGCCUCUUCACUAAAUGGUGCCCUUUGAUAGCUGGGAAUUUUGUUGGGAAUGUCUCUCCAGGCUCUCAGCUCUGGCUCAGGAGCUGGAAGCUGAGUCCUCCAUGGCCUUUUCCCUAAACAGUGCCCCUUGAUUGCUGCUUGGCAUUGGGAAUUUCAUUGGGAAUUUUGUCAGGAAUGUCAGGGCUCUCUCCAGGCUCAGCUCUGGCUCAGAGGCUGGAAGCUGAGUCCUCCAUGGCCCUUUCCCUAAACAGUGCCCCUUGAUUGCUGCUUGGCAUUGGGAAUUUCAUUGCUCCAGGUACUCCUGUAACCCCUGGUGUGCCACUUGAACCAGCCUGGGCCAUUCUGGGGGCUGCAUUCCAUUAACCCUGACAGCUUCCAGGGAAUUGGGGGGCACUGGGGGGCCUGGCCCCACCACCCCCAUGUCAUUGUGCCCUACCUGGUUUGAAGGAGGGGUCUCCCAGAGCACUCCAGGAGUAACUCCACAUGUCAGUAGAAUUAUAUUAUAUUUUAAAAUAUUUUAUUUAUUUAUAGAUUUAAUUUUUGGGUUAUAUUUGACUUUUCCUCCUUCUUCUUGGGUGGGUCUUUAUGGAGGGGAGGGUCUUCUUGGAGGGAGGGGUCUCCCAGAGCACUCCAGGAGUAAUUCCACAUGUCAGUGGAAUUAUAUUAUAUUUUUUUAAUAUUUUAUUUAUUUAUAUAUUUAUUUUUUGGGGUUAUAUUUGACUUUCCCUUCCUCUUCUUGGGUGGAUCUUUAUUCCCCCUGCACCCCAAGGGGCACUGUAAUUGUGCCCUCCCUGGUUGGAAGGAGGGGGCUCCCAGAGCACUCCAAGAGUAAUUCCACAUGUCAGUGGAAUUAUAUUAUAUUUUUUUAAUAUUUUAUUUAUUUCUAGAUUUAUUUUUUGGGGUUAUAUUUGACUUUCCCUUCCUCUUCUUGGGUAGAUCUUUAUAUUCCCCCUGCAGCCCAAGGGGUGACCCCAGGCUGGUGAGCAGCCCUGGGUGUCCUGACAGAUUCUGGGGCUGCACAGGGGUUGUGACAGCCCCUUUGGCAGGAGGGCAGAGCUGGAUCCCUGCAUUGCUGGAGCUUCCUGGCUGUUCAGGGAGUGCCUGCUGCCAUCCAGGGCUCUCAGGAAAAUCUGUGUUCUAGAAGGGGAUGAACGUCCUGCCCCGUUCUGCCCCUGGCAGUGCCUGCUGGGCCAGAAGCCAGAGGAAUGCCAGGCCUGGCUGCAUUCCCCCCUCCUGUUUCUCCUCCUCCUCUCAUGGCUCACUCUCUUUCUCUCCUUUAGCUGCUCUCCAUGCUGCUCAUUCCCCACCUCUGACUCCAUCUCCAUCUGCCCAGGCACAGCUGCCCAGCCCUGCCCCAGGCCCUGUGUCCCCUCCCGUGGUCCCAGCUGCAGCCAUCCCCGUGUUCUCUGUGCCCCCCCAGGCCCCUGCCCCAGCUCUGCUGGCCUCAGCCACCCCUGCCCCUCCUCCAGCUCCUCAGGGCCCCGUGGCUUUUGCAGCCCCAGGAUCUCCAGGGCCUGCCCCAGUGUCCCCAGUGUCCCCAGGGUUCCCAGCUCCAGUGUCACCUGGCCUGGCUGCUGCUUCUGCUGCAGUGACAGUGGCCCCUCUUGUGCCCACAGUGAGCCCCACUUCUCUCCCAGCUGCUCUCAGCUCUGCCAUGAAAUCUUCUCCCACUGCAGCCUCUGGAGCAGCCCCAGCUCCUUUCCCUCCCUCUGGAGCAGCCCCAGCUCCUUUCCCUCCCUCUGGAGCAGCCCAAACCCCUCUUCUUCCCUCUGGAGGAGCCCCAGCUCCUCUUCCUCCCUCUGGAGCAGCCCCAGCUCCUUUCCCUCCCUCUGGAGCAGCCCCAGCUCCUUUCCCUCCCUCUGGAGCAGCCCCAGCUCCUUUCCCUCCCUCUGGAGCAGCCCCAGCUCCUUUCCCUCCCUCUGGAGCAGCCCCAGCUCCUUUCCCUCCCUCUGGAGCAGCCGCUCUCCUGCCUCCCCCAUCCCGUCCCCUCCUGGCAUCUCCCCCAGCAGUGCCCCCCAGUUUGCUGCCAGUGUCCCCCCAGAGUCCAGAAUCACCCCCACAUCCCACAGUCCCUGUGUCCCCUGCUGCUCCAGCCUCUCCCCGAGCCCCAGCUCCAGCCCUGGUCGGUGCCAUCUCUCCCCCCGUCUUCCUGGCUGCCCCCAAAGCUCCUUUGUCACCUCCUAUCCCUCUGCUGCCAGCUGGGUCAACCCCUGGUUCCCCAGUCCCACCACUGCUCCCAGUUGCUCCUUCUGCUGCCAAGGCCUCUCCCGUGGGACCCCCAGCCCCUCGAGCAGCUCCAGUGGCUCCUGCCCUGUCCCCACCUGCACUGGGAGCUGCCAUCUCUGUCCCAGGGCUCCCAGCAGCAGCUCCUGCUGUCCCCUCUGCCAGCUGUGCCCCUGUCACAGCCCCCAUGGCAGCUCCAGUCACCCCUCCUGGGGCUAAACCAGCUCCUGGGAGCCCAAACACUGCCCCAGCUGCCACCUCUGUCCCUGUCACACCAUCCCUGGUGGCUCCAGCCACCCCUCCUGUGGCUAAACCAGCUCCUGGGAGCCCAAACACUGCCCCAGCUGCCACCUCUGUCCCUGUCACACCAUCCCUGGUGGCUCCAGCCACCCCUCCUGUGGCUAAACCAGCUCCUGGGAGCCCAGUCACUGCCCCAGCUGCCACCUCUGUCCCUGUCACAGCCCCCAUGGCAUCUCCAUCCUCUCCAGCUGCCCCUCCCUCAGCCAAAGACGCUGCCAAGGGCUCUGUUGCUGCCUCAGCUGCUGCUCCAACUCCUCCCAGCCCAGCUCCAGCCACCCCACCUGCAGCCAAAACUGCUCCCAAGAGUCCUGCUCCUUCCACCCCAUCCCCUGCCAGCCCAGCUCCUGCAGCUCCACCAGCUCCAGCAGCCAAAACACCCCCAAAGAGCCCUGCCAAAGCCACCCCCAGUGAGGACAAGGCACCCCCAAAGAGCCCUGCCAAAGCCACCCCCACUGAGGAUAAAGCACCCCCAAAGAGCCCUGUGAAAACCACCCCAGCUCCACCAGCCUCUCCUGAAGAGAAGGCACCCCCAAAAAGCCCCAAUGAGGCCAAGGCACCCCCAAAAAGCCCUGCCAAAGCCACCUCACCUCCAGCAGCCUCUCCUGAAGAGAAGGCACCCCCAAAAAGCCCCACUGAGGCCAAGGCACCCCCAAAAAGCCCUGGCAAGGCCACCCCUGCUCCAGCCACCCCCACUGAGGACAAGGCACCCCCAAAGAGCCCUGCCAAAGCCACCUCACCUCCAGCAGCCUCUCCUGAGGAUAAGGCACCCCCAAAAAGCCCCACUGAGGCCAAGGCAGCCCCAAAAAGCCCUGUGAAAACCACCCCAGCUCCAGCAGCCUCUCCUGAGGAUAAGGCACCCCCAAAAAGCCCCACUGAGGCCAAGGCACCCCCAAAAAGCCCUGCCAAGGCCACCCCAGCUCCAGCUUCCCCUGGAGCAGCCAAAAAACCUCCCAAGGGCAGCCCUGUCACUGCCCCAUCCUCUCCUGUGGCUCCAGCACCUUCAGCUGCUCCUGCUGAGGCCAAAACACCCCCAAAGAGCCCUGGCAAGGCCACCCCAGCUCCAGGCACCCCUGCUGAGGACAAGGCACCCCCAAAGAGCCCUGCUGAGGACAAGGCACCCCCAAAGAGCCCUGUGAAAGCCACCCCAGCUCCACCAGCCUCUCCUGAGGCCAAAACACCCCCAAAGAGCCCUGUGAAAGCCACCCCAGCUCCAGCAGCCUCUCCUGAAGAGAAGGCACCCCAAAAAAGCCCCAAUGAGGCCAAGGCAUCCCCAAAAAGCCCUGCCAAGGCCACCCCAGCUCCAGCUGCCCCUGCUGCAGCCAAAGGAUCUCCAAAGAGCCCUGCUGAGGCCAAGGCACCCCCAAAAAGCCCUGCUGAGGCCAAAACACCCCCAAAAAGCCCUGCCAAGGCCACCCCAGCUCCAACCACCCCCAGUGAGGCCAAGGCACCCCCAAAAAGCCCUGUCAAAGCUACCCCAGCUCCAGCCACCCCUACUGAGGCCAAGGCACCCCCAAAGAGCCCUGCGGAGGCCAAGGCACCCCCAAAAAGCCCCGCAGAGGCCAAGGCACCCCAAAAAAGCCCUGUUGAGGCCAAGGCACCUCCAAAAGGCCCUGCUGAGGCCAAGGCACCCCCAAAAGGUCCCACUGAGGCCAAGGCACCCCCAAAAGGCCCUGCUGAGGCCAAGGCACCCCCAAAAGGCCCUGCUGAGGCCAAGGCACCCCCAAAAAGCCCCGCAGAGGCCAAGGCACCCCAAAAAAACCCCGCUGAGGCCAAGGCACCCCAAAAGAGCCCCACUGAGGCCAAGGCACCCCCAAAAAGCCCUGUAAAAGCCACUCCCCCUCCAACCACCCCCGCUGCAGCCAAAGCAUCCCCAAAAAGCCCCGCUGAGGCCAAGGCACCCCCAAAAAGCCCCGCAGAGGCCAAGGCACCCCCAAAAAGCCCUGCCAAGGCCACCCCAACUCCAGCAGCCACACCCCCACCUCCUGCCCCAGCUUCUGGUGCCCCUCCAAAGCCCCCAAGCCCCGCCAAGAAGCAGCAGCCCCUCCCCAAUAACAAGGUGGCCAAGCCCCCCCCGAAACCCGCGCCCGGUGACGAUGACGAGGAGCUGCCACCUCUGCUCCCACCCGAGCCACCCGUGCUGCUGGAGCUGUCCCCUGCCACGGGGGUGCUGGCACCGCAGCCCAUCCUCAAGAAUGACAAGGGUAUUUUUGGUUUUUGUGCAUGGAGUGUCACUGGAUGCCCACGGGGUACUAACGGCGUGUGCCCGGCGUGUGCCAAGGGGUGGGGACAAGGGGUGAGCACGGUGCCAGCGGUCACUAACGCGUGUCCUCGGGCACGGAGCACGGCCUGGCGGUUGUGGUUUGUGGUUUGUGGUUGGUUUGUGGCAUGGGCACUGCAAAAAUGAGAUGAGAUGAUGAGAUGAGCUGGCUUCACACUGAGGAGAUGCCCACGUGCCUGGCACUGCUGCGUGUGUGGUGUGGCCUCGUGGUGGCAAACUGGGAUGUCCCCACGCUGUGCCUGAAGUGUUGGCACACCUUGACACCUGCAGAGAGGUUUGCCAAGGCUCCUGUGUGCCAUGAGGGCCGAAUCCAGGUAAUGGCUGCACGGGAGCAUCGGGGUCAGCACCUCCAGGUGACCUCCGAGGUUGGGGACACCCAGCUCUGCUGCAGUAACUGGUGUGGUCAGUGCCGUGGGUCACAACUGCAGCUGGUGGCCCUCAGGUCCCCUGAGAGGGGUUUGGGGUUAUCCUGGUGGCCCUCGGGUCCCCUGAGGGGGGUUUGGGGUUAUCCCAGAUCAUCCUGGUGGCCCUCAGGUUCCCUGAGGGGGGUUUGGGGUUAUCCAGAUUAUCCUGGUGGCCCUCAGGUCCCCUGAGGAGGGUUUGGGGUUAUCCUCGUGGCUCUCA